CAUACUGCUGGUGCUGUAUGCUCUAAUUCCUCUGUUAGUGAUGACUUUUGUAUAUUCAAAAGUUGUUUACAUGUUGUGGUUCAAACGAAACGAGCAAAAUGAACUCACCUAUCAACAAAAGGGAGUCCUAAAGGUGAGGAAACGAGUCACACUGAGUGUGAUCACUGUCAGUGCCAUAUUUGGAGCUUGUGAGAUCACGGGAUCGCUGAUUUACCUCCUAAGCCACUUUGACAUCUUCAGAUUUGGCUCAGUCCCAUACAUCGUUUCUGACACCUUGAUUAUGUUCAACUCUGUUGUAAACCCUUACAUCUAUGCUCGGCUGAAUGAGCGUUUCAGACAAAAGCUCAGAUUAUUGUGCUCUACUAGCCACACAUCCAGGGUACAGAGCUCAUGCUAGCAUGGAAUUGCGCGUACUACCAACGUCUUCAACGAGGA